AUGGCUAGCGAUUCGAGUUAUACUACUGAUUACAGUUCGUCUAUUGAUUCCGAAAAAGAGAAGGCCAUACAAACUGCAUGUCAGGAGAUAGCGGCUGCCAACAGAUUUGACUUCCAUGCGAAAAUUGGCUCAGGAACUUUCGGCGAUGUGUUUAGGGUCGAAGACAAAGAAAGGAACGUUGUACUGGCUUUGAAGAUAAUAUCCAAUGAAGAUUUAUGCCAAGAUGAAAACGAUUUCUGGCCUCAACUGCAACAUCCCAACAUCGUGCCACUUUUAGAAACCAUUAAAUACUCUUCUGCACAAGUAUACUUAAUGCCGAUGAUGAAAACUUCCCUAUACGAUGUUGUUCAUGAAUCUAAUUUUUGUGAUGGCAUUGGUUGCUGGAAAAAGCUCAAAAAGUGGUUGCACCAAGUUCUCUGCGGUUUGGAAUACAUGCAUGGAAAGCAGUUUUGCCACUUGGAUCUCAAAGCAGAUAAUGUGCUGAUAUCUGAAAAUGGGGUAGCAAUGUUGUGCGAUUUUUCUUUCAUAAAAUCAACUACAGAAGUGAUAGAAAAAGGAGAUUUUGGCUUGCCGAGUAUCUACCGACCCCCCGAGGCUCGUCCCUGCCUGUCGGAGUACGAAACUAAAGUCAACGGUAUUGCGUUUGACCAGUGGAGCUUUGGCAUCAUGACCCUCGAAAUCUUCACCGAUGCCCCCCUCUCGGAUAAAGUGGAUACCAUCAGCGUCAGUUCCUCAGAUUCGAACCCUCCCCCAGUAGAUCUGUGGCACAGAGAUCUAUACCCCGUCCUUAUGAAGGAAACACAAGAGAAAAAAUUCAAAUUUUCCGUUCGUAAAUGUUUCCCUAAACUGAAACUAGCUCUGAAAGAGUGCAGACGUGCCUUAGAAUUCAUAUUGGUGUUCCUUCAGCCCCACCCCAGCCAAAGAUGGACCGCUGAGCGAGGAAAAAGACACGCCUUUCUCGAAAAAGGGAAACUAAGACUUGGAAGACCAUUACAUGAAGUCUGGUCUAAAACUGAUAUUCCUUCAGAGCUUAGAACAGCAUUUAUUAGUACUAAAAUGUCCUCUGAAGAAAUACUAAUACCUGAAAAUUCAACUUACAGCAAUGCUUCUCAAAGUACUUCAAGAAAAGAGAACAUGAAAGUCAAUGUGGAGGAACUUGACUCCCUGUAUCACUCUUUAACACUGAAGAAAUUUGAUGAAAAUAAAAGUUCAAACUUUGGCGGCAAUGAUCAGAAACGCAAAACAAAAAACAGUGUGAAUAUACGACAGAAAAGGACAAAAUGUUUGAGUGAGAAUGACGGACACAUGUGUAAAGACAAGAAAAGUACUUAA